CUCCGGGCGGAAGGGGCGAGUCCGUCGCGCGAGGUGGCAGCCAUGCCCCCAAAGAAGGCUCCGGCCAAGCGGCGCAGCACCGACUCGGGCGUGGAGCGCGACCGCGGAGCCCUUUCUCAGGAGAAGAAGGAUCAGCGCAUCGCGCUCUUCCUCAGCGACUUCGACCAGCAGGCCAAGGAAAGCAUCCGGGAAAUGAAGAAAGAACUCGAUUUGCUCUUGCAAAUGGCUGAGAAAGCGUUCAUGGUGGAACUGCUGAAGAUGCCGACUGCCAUCAGAAAGAUGAAAAGGAAGGACUUGCUUAAUUUGCAAGAAGGGGAGGAAGUGGCCCUUGCUGCUGCAGCGACAGACUGUACCCUAGAAGAUGUACCAAACCCAAAAGUGACACGGACCAACAGUAAAAAAGUUAAGGUAACUACAAUUGUUGAAUAUGAAGAUGCCAAGUAUACAUCUGCAAAGAAAAUACCUAAAAAAGUAUCCAAAUCAAAGUCACUGGUUUCACUGAGCUCUGGUUUAAAUAGCAAACUGCACAGUCUUUCUAGGUCUGUUUACUCUUCCACAAGCAUAAAUGAGGCUGUUAAGACUCUUGCCCCUGACUGCAAUGCCACAAAUUUCAAAGCCACGCCAAAAGUAUCAAAAGGUGCUGGACUACAACAAGCUGUAUCAAGAACUUUACCUACCAGUGAAAGAGUUCAAGGCAUGAUACUGAGAAGUAAAUCAGUACCCCAAGAUAAAAUGGUUCCAUUUGUAAACAUUCCCUUGGCUGAUGGACAGACGCUCCGUAUGGCUGGUGGAGACCUCCGUAACUUUGAUGUCCAACUAUUAAAUCAAGAUACAGUACAGCACAUUCAUAACCUAGUGAGUGAGCUGACUGUAUUAUGUGGAAAGGCUACUGCUAAGUCGAGUUAACGGAACUGCCUUGCGAUGACAGAAUAUUCACAACUGCUCUUACCUUCCUCCUCUAAAAGUGUUCAGAGAAUAUCUACAAUGUCUUAAUAAAGCUGUGUACUGCUGAAUAAAUAUUUUUACAUAAAAGCAUACAA